AUGGUGAUGCCUCCCUCCGCCUGCAUCGAUGCGCUCGACAUUCGACUCUCUCCCUGCCCACCAAACUCGCUGCGCUCGGAUCACUGCUGCAACUUUUGCAGAGACUCCUCACUCCACAGACAUGUCGCACAAUAGCUGAAGUAAAGCUGUCAUCGCGGCUCUCCAUUCGGGCCAAAUUACGCCGCAGGUGAGGAUCUCCGGACGCGCAGCCCGGUCGCUCCUUGGCCCUUUCCUCGCAUCGGACCCCUGCUUUUUAUUUUUUUCCUUCUUUCUUUCUUUUUUUUUUUUUAAACCGGCCUGGAUAUGAAUUAUGAGCAUUUUGUCCACUAAUGAACCGGGCCAGUGAUGCAGGAGACCGCGGCGACCCUCUCAUCAGUGUUUCAAGAUGGCAGAUUUUUAUUGAGUUUUGAUCAGAAAGCUCGCUUUAUUCUUUGCCAUGAAUAACAGGAAUCCUUGCACCGAUGGCCCCUGUAUACGAAGGAAUGGCCUCGCAAGUGCAAGUGUUCUCCCCUCACACUCUCCAGUCAAGUGCCUUCUUUAGCGUAAAGAAACUGAAGGUGGAGCAGAGCUGUAACUGGGAUAUGACAGGGUACGGCACGCAUAGCAAAGUCUACAACAGCAGCAAGAACGUGUCGGCCACCGGUGGCGCUCCUCUAGGCCUCAGCGGCUCCGCCCUGCCCUACGAGCAGACCCUGAUCUUCCCGGCCAGCACUGGCCACAUCGUGGUCGCCUCGGCCAGCAGCACCUCGGGGGCCGUCAGCUCUCUGCUGGGCAGCAGCGGUGGAGACAGCGGCAGUGGUAGUGGCGGCGGCGGAGUCCACAACCUGACGCGGCGCAGCACGGUGAGCCUCCUGGACACCUACCAGCGAUGCGGGCUUAAGCGCAAGAGUGAAGAGCUCGACAACAACAGCAGCGUGCAGAUCAUUGAGGAGCACGGCCCACCCAUGAUCCAGAACGGCGGAACCAGCGGAGCCACGGCGGCCACAGCGGCCACCGCCACCUCCACGGCCACAUCCAAGAACAGCGGCUCCAACAACGAGGGGGACUACCAGCUGGUGCAGCACGAGGUGCUCUGCUCCAUGACCAACACCUAUGAAGUCUUGGAGUUCUUGGGGAGGGGGACCUUUGGUCAGGUGGUUAAGUGUUGGAAGAGGGGAACCAAUGAGAUAGUGGCCAUCAAGAUCCUAAAAAACCACCCAUCGUACGCGCGGCAGGGUCAGAUCGAGGUCAGCAUCCUGGCGCGCCUCAGCACAGAGAGCGCAGACGACUACAACUUUGUGAGAGCCUAUGAGUGCUUCCAGCACAAGAACCACACGUGCCUGGUGUUUGAGAUGUUGGAGCAGAACCUGUAUGACUUCCUCAAGCAGAACAAGUUCAGCCCGCUGCCGCUCAAGUACAUCAGACCGGUGCUCCAGCAGGUCGCCACGGCGCUGAUGAAGCUGAAGAGCCUGGGGCUGAUCCAUGCCGACCUGAAGCCGGAGAACAUCAUGCUGGUGGAUCCUUCGCGUCAGCCCUACAGAGUCAAAGUCAUUGACUUUGGUUCAGCCAGCCACGUGUCCAAAGCUGUGUGCUCCACCUACCUGCAGAGCAGAUACUACAGGGCUCCAGAGAUCAUCCUGGGCCUGCCGUUCUGUGAGGCCAUAGACAUGUGGUCUCUGGGUUGUGUAAUAGCUGAGCUGUUUCUGGGAUGGCCUCUCUACCCUGGAGCCUCCGAGUAUGACCAGAUUCGGUACAUCUCACAGACGCAGGGUCUUCCAGCAGAGUAUCUGUUGAGUGCAGGAACAAAGACCACCAGGUUCUUCAACAGAGAUCCAGAUUCCACCUAUCCCCUCUGGAGACUGAAGACUCCGGAAGACCAUGAGGCUGAAACGGGGAUCAAGUCCAAGGAGGCUCGCAAGUAUAUCUUCAACUGCUUGGAUGAUAUGGCACAGGUGAACAUGACGUCAGACCUGGAGGGGAGCGACAUGCUGGCGGAAAAGGCAGACCGGAGGGAGUUCAUCGACCUGCUGACCAAGAUGCUGACUAUCGACGCUGACAAGAGGAUCACCCCCAUCGAAACACUCAACCACCCCUUCGUUACCAUGUCGCAUCUCCUCGAUUACCCUCACAGCACCCACGUAAAGUCAUGCUUCCAAAACAUGGAGAUCUGCAAGCGUCGUGUCAACAUGUACGACACAGUGAACCAGAGCAAAACGCCCUUCAUCACCCACGUGGCCCCCAGCACCUCCACCAACCUCACCAUGACCUUCAACAACCAGCUGAACACUGUGCACAGCCAGGCCACCAACCUGGCUCCCUCCUCCACCAACAAUGCCACCCUUUCCUUUGCCAGUCCUGACGUCUCCAUACUAAACUACCAAUCUGCACUCUACCAGCCCUCUGCCGCCUCCAUGGCGGCUGUGGCCCAGAGGAGCAUGCCGCUGCAGCCGGGGGCGCCGCAGCUCUGCGCCGCUCGGCCCGACCCCUUCCAGCAGGCGCUCAUCGUCUGCCCGCCGGGAUUCCAAGGUUUGCAGGCAUCCCCUUCCAAGCACACCAGUUACUCUGUGAGGAUGGAGAACGCGGUUCCCAUAGUGACGCAGGCUCCUGGUGCCCAACCUCUGCAGAUCCAACCCGGCCUCCUCACACAGCAGGCCUGGCCCAGCGGCACCCAGCAGAUCCUGCUGCCUCCAGCGUGGCAGCAGCUCACCCACACCUCCGUCCAGCACGCCACCGUCAUCCCAGACUCCAUGGGCAGCACACAGACUCUCGCCAACUGGAGGAAUUCCCAUCCUCACGGGAGCCAUUAUAAUCCCAUCAUGCAGCAGCCGGCCUUGCUGACUGGUCACGUCACACUCCCAUCAAACCAGACUCUCAAUGUGGGCGUGGCUCAUGUCAUGAGGCAGUCAUCCACCAAUAACAACUCCUCUUCCAAAAAGACCAAACAGCACCAGAUGUUGACCAGGAACGUGUCGACCUAUGAGGUGUCAUCCUCCCAGAUGGUGCUGUCGCCGCAGCGAUCCAAGCGGGUGAAGGAGAACACGCCCCCUCGCUGCGCCGUGCUACAGAACGGGUCGGCGUCCCACUGCCCUCCGACGCAGGGCUGCGCCGGAGGAGGGUGGGGCGCCAACGAAGCAGAACAGGCUUCCAGCACCACCCGCAACCAUCAGCACCAACACCACGUCCCCAGACAGACCAUCAUCAUCCCCGACACGCCCAGCCCCACCGUCAGCAUCAUCACCAUCAGCAGCGACUCAGAGGACGACGACCAGAAGCAGAACAACGGCUCAUCCUCCAAGCACAGAAAGAACGUCAUCAGCUGUGUGACGGUCCAUGAUUCCCCAGAGUCAGACUGUUCCAGCCACAACAGCCCCUAUAGCCUGGAGUCAAGACCCCACAACCACAACAACAACAACUACGACACGAAAACCACCAUCCUGGACAACUACAACAAUGGGAACCCUCGCACAAUCAUCAUCCCUCCGCUCAAGACGCAGAACACUGAGGUGUCCAGCGAAUGUGAGCGGUUGAUGCCAGAUGGACUGAAUCAUCAGAAUAUAGCUUACAAGUUUAAAUCCUCCAAUGGAGUGACAACGGGCAAUAAUCACAUACCAGGAGGCGUGGCGGGGGGCGUGGCCUAUCGGCAGCAGCGUUCAGGACCACACCCCCUUCAGCAGCAGCCACUCAAUCUCAGCCAGGCUCAGCAGCACAUGGUGGCUGAGCGAAACGCGGGACACCGCCGGCAGCAGGCCUACAUCACCCCCAACAUCGCCGCUCAAGCCCCGUAUUCCUUCCAUCACAACAGCCCCUCCCACACGGGCGGCGUCCACCCGCACCUGGCCACCACCCACCUGCCCAGCCAGCCCCACCUGUACACCUACACGGCCCCCGCCGCUCUGGGCUCCACCGGCGCCGUGGCUCACCUGGUGGCAUCGCAGGGCUCGGCGCGCCACGCCGUCCAGCACGGGAGCUACCCCCCCAGCAUCGUCCACCAGGUCCCGGUCAGCGUGAGCCACCGCGUGCUGCCAUCGCCCACAAUGCACCACAGCCAGUACCAGGCCCAGUUCGCCCAUCAGGCCUACAUCAGCGCCUCACCCGCCUCCACUGUCUACACUGGAUACCCACUGAGCCCCACCAAGGUCAACCAGUAUCCUUACCUCUAGAGACGAGCCGGACUGACACUGAAGGGGCCCGACCCCCAACCCAGCGAUGCUGCUUCCUGCACUGCAAAAGCACAAAACCUCACCAAGAAUGUUUAGUCUAGUUUCUGGUGCAAAUAUAUAUAGUACCCUUGAAAUAAAACUUACAAGUAACUUUUCAGCACAAAAUAGGAGCUUGUUCAGUAAUUAAUUACUAUUAUUGAGACUAGCAGCACUUCAACAAAUUCUUGUUCAAAUAAAAGUAAAAAGUAGUUGAGAAAUGACUGAAGUAAGAGUAAAAAAGCAAAACACUUUUCCUGUAUUAUAUUAUAAAUAUGAUAAAAUUAUUUUUUCCACUUAUAACUGGUACUUUUUAAAUAAAUUUAAGAAAAUAAGCUCCCUUAUCUUGCUGAAAAGUUAGAUCUAAGUUAGUUUUGCCUUGUUUCAGCUCUACUAAGAUAUUUGCACAAGCAACUGGAUCUUGGGUUGAUUUUGUGUUUUUGCAGUGUUCAUCCUCCAUCCCAUCCUCUCCUCGACCUCAGACAUGAACAGAGACAGAGGAACAUGCAACCCUCAUGAAGCUGUCAUGUGUAACUUGAAGAAGGAAUGACUGAACAGAAGGAAACGUGACUCAGAUCCUCUGGAGAAGAGAAAAUUUAUGGCGACUGUUUUUCUUCUUUUGACGAUUUAACCCCUAGAAAAGGGCCAGUUCUGCUUUUGUUUCCCUCCCUUCGCUUUCCUUUACAAAAGAAGCAAUGUCUCGUUAGUUUUAUGGGGGAAGUUUCGAGGACAGUGGAUGUUUUGAGAUUUAUUUCAUUUCUUUCCCUGCUCUCCUCUCCCGUCCCCCGCCUGAAUAUGUUUGGGACUGUUGAACAGUGGGGAGAUAUUGACUGGAAGUUUGAAUUCCCAAAAGCUUUGGGACUUGGUGAAAUACGGAAACCUGCUGCUCUUCAAAGAUAAAAAAAAUACUGAUGGCCUUGAACUGUCUUAGUAUUUCCAAAUCAGCGGAGGCUUGGGGUGAAAACGAAGAGAGGAAACCCCACCCACUCCGCCUCCUCCAGCAGAGGAGGGAACUGGAAAUCUAACCAAUCUUUUAGUGUAUUUAUAGAUAUUUGUUCUUUUGUUUUUUCCACCUUCAGUUUGAUCUAGGUGUCUUAGCUGGGCCCCGUGUAUAGAAUGUAGCAGUAUGCACCUGUUUUUAUUUCUUUUUUUAAUUCCCUUGAUACCAAUAGAGUUAUUUGUUAUUUUUUCUUCUUCAAUGUGAUUGCACAAAGUGGUUAUAAUAACAUAGGCAUGUACAACGUGAUUGUCUGUGUGCUACUGUCAGCCAUGCGUGUGUAGCUCAUCUCCACAGGAUCCUCCUCAAGUCUUUAGAUGUCGAUCGUCGUUCCCUCGUAGUGCCUUACAGAUUUACCGACACAGUUUACUCGGUUUGGGUCCCGAAAGCCGCGAGAGACUACGGCUAAACUUAGCGUGACGCAUUUUCCCCGGUUUCACAUCUUAAUCGGGACAUUUGUAGGUUUCUUCCAGGUGUAGGCUCAGCCCUUGCUGUUUCACAACCACAGCGUCCCGCAGAUGAAGAUUAAUGUCAAAGCAGAAAUCACGCCGAGCUGUUUUUUUUUUUUAAUUGUUAUUGUUGUGUGUGCAUGAGAUAAUUUGCCUGGGUUUUUUACCAAAGUCAGAGAUAAAGUCAUGUUACACUUCGCUCUGGAAAUUCAUGUAAAUAUAAAAAGAUAGAUGUAGAGUGAAGCUGUAGCUGUUUUCCUCGUUUUCUGCUAAUCACAUGAGAAAACGUGCGUCACGAAUAGGAAGCGCAGACAUUCGCUCAGAUGUUUCGAGGUUGCAGGAUAAAGUUUGAGACACAAUAGAGUUUUUGGUGCAUCUCAGUAAAUUAGAUUAUGACAGAAUGUUCAAAAAAACCUCAAAAAUAUUUUAUAUUUCAGUCAUUUCUUUUUGUUAAUUAUAAGGAUUAUGGCUUGCAGCAAAUGAAACCCAAAAUUGAAUCUUUUAGAAAACUAUAAAGUAUCAAACAAACAGACUUUUGAAAAUUAAACUUUAUACAUAAUCAUGGAGAAAACUGCUAUGAAUACUCACUACAAAGAGGGUAAAAUAUAGCACAGAAAUUUUGCUGUACCAAGCUUAUUCAUAGAAAACGCAGUGAAAGGAAAAAGUGUGGCCAAUCUAGCACAGUAAUACAACAGACAUUAAAACAGAUAUUUGUAGUGUGGUCAUGUACACGUCCUGUCAGAAAAUGAAACUAGACUAUAAAAAGCUAAAAUGUGUGUUCUAACUUCCUCCAGACUCUGGGAUGUUGAUUUUCAAAUAAAUCUCAAAUUUGCUUUCAAAAAAAUAACUUGAAAACAUUAUGUUUUUAACCAGUCUUUUUUCUUCCACUCAACUUUCCACCAAUAUUCUAAUUGGCUGACUAAAUUAGCCAUCUUUCCUUUGAUUUUGUGAGUUUCUAUUAGUCAUAAUCAUUACACUUUACAGAAAUAAAUCACUCUCUUAUUCAACAAAUGCUAAUUUCUUGAGAUGCACUGGUAUUUUUCAAGGUUAAGAGCUAGUCUGAGAGAAGGGCCUGACAGAAAGUGAUUGUUGCCAUGAGGUAGAUCAGCAGACAGAGCACAGAGGGAUGUUUGGAAGAGAAACCGAGCGGGGUGAAGGAAAGGGGGUGGUUGGAAGCGUAGGGCCCGUUCAGGAACGGGGGGAACUCUCUAUCUUAAAAGGGACUUAAAAUGGUUGUAAGUUGGCAAUGAGCAGGUUGAUCGAUACAUUGAGCUGCGGCGGGUGCUGCCUCGCCUGGCGGCGCGGCGGGCGCUGCCCUCGUCGCGCCCUCGCCUGGCGGCGCGGCGGGCGCUGCCUCGCCUGCCGGCGGGCGCUCCUGAGUAUCUGACAUAUUGUUUGUGAGCUCUGAUGAUGCGAGCGUGGCUUUAGCAGCGGCGCUGCAGGACGGGAAACGGGACGCGCAUGCACCUGGAAGGGGCGCCUUAUGGAUGUUUUUGUCCAUUUGUCUUCGAUCCAGGUACACCACGAAUAUCGCCAUGCCGACGGGGCGGGGAUGCCUGAACACUUAGAGAACCAAUAGGGCUGCCGCUUUGUGUGUUUGCUGCUUGAUUUUAUUUAGCCAAUAGCAUAAAUAACCAUUUGCCCUACUGAAUGAACAUGGGCACAUCAGAACUACUGGUGGUCUAGUCAAAGCCUUCUGCCCUCCUCCUUGGUAUGCCAUAGUACUUGCAUUUGAAGUGAUUUUUUUCUCUUUUUAACUUAUCUUCAUUUUCUUUUACAUGGCUGUAGUACUUGUGUUUAUUUUUUAGAGAUUGUUGCAAUAAUUCUUGUGGACGUUUUAUCAAAAUGCGUGUUUUUAUGAUAUGUCGGGCUUAUGUGGGUUUUGUAACCUGGUGUACAGUGAUGUUUCGUACUGGGUGAAGGUGGGUGCACCUGUGUAAAGUGUUGAAACACUGCUGAGGGUAGAGAAGCGGGCAGGCUGAUGAUAAUCCACUGGGGCGCUUUCAGAAGCCUGCUUUCGGGUAAUCCAGCCGCCCUCUGGAGUCGGCUUUCAUCCUGGUACUUUCUGCUCCCCGUUAACGCCUCGGGUCCAGGUACUUGAAGAUGUGAUUACAUGACAUGUCGCUGGUUACAUCAGGCAUCUCUGUUCUGUUGUUUUCUGUUUCAUCUCCUUCGUUUCCUCUGGGUCGUUCAGGUCUGAGCACACGUGCAUAACUUGGAGGAUUUCUGAAUCAAACUACUGAAACAUUCCACUGUUUUUGAGGGAAUAUCACAACUACUGUCCACACCCGUCAGCAUGAGGCACCAAAGACUUUAACGAGAUCGACCAUGCACAGCACAGAACAAGCAAUCCUCCUCAUUGUUGCCAGAAUAUCCAGGCAAUAACUUCAAACGCUUCAUAAAGUGUGGAUUUCACUCUAUGAAACGCAUGUGUGUGAGGAUUUAACAUGCAUACAGCACAGGUGUUUCUUUGUGGACUUUUAUCUACGACGCCAUGAUAAAGCAGUUACCCCUUGGUAGAUAUCUUCUAUUUUCUCCACACACUAAAAUAUUUUAAAAGAUAACAUGAACAGCUUUAAAACUGUCCCAACCAACAUGGCUGCCUAUCAGCCACAUUUUUUUUUGGCUCAUUUCCCUGUCGACCUGAUUGUGUAAUUAUUACCAGAAUAAGAAAUAAUUUUAACAGAACCCAACUGACAGAAGUAGGAAAAAAUAAGUCAAAAUGGUUUCUAAGGGAGAGUUUAAGGUUAAAACCAUGAAGGCCCAUCUUACAUCUACAAAAAACAAAAAAUAUAUUUUUGCUCUACUUUUAGUGCAAAUAUCUUAGUCCAUUUGAAAUAACACAGAACUAACUUACAAAAUAUGGAAGCAGAUUGUUCACUGAUAAAACAUUUUAUCAGUGAGGCAAUCUGCCAACAGAACCAGAACUUUUCAUCAAUUAUUGACUUAAAACAAGCUCCUAUAUCUUGGUGAAAAAUUCUUUGCAAGUUUGUUUUGUGUUAUAUCCAGUGCACUGAGGUAUUUGCAGUAGAAACGAGACAGAAAUUACUUGGUAAGAAUUUGUGUUUUUGCAGCGUGGGACCAUGAAUUCUGUUUUCUAGUGAAAACCGUGUUUGCUAGUUCAGGUUAACUAGAUUUAUGAAGUGGGACGAUGAUCCAAAACACAGCAAAUCAACCUGUGAUUGGCUGGAGUAGCCUGGCCAAAGUCCAAACUGAAGUCCAGUAGAGAUGUUGUGGCAGGUCGGUUUCCUGCAUGACGACUGUUAGCGAGACUUCAGUGCGUAGGAAGUGGGAGGGGCUGAUGGUCGAAAGUCGGUAAGAAAGUCACUACUUUUGAUGUCAGUCACGUUUUGAAAAUAAGUUGCUGGAUGCAUCUGAAAAGUCAUUAAAUAUAGAGAAAAAGUAGAUAAGGUAGCAACAGAACUUUUUCUGUCGAGACCACACCCCUCCACUCAAGCCCACGCUUGGCCACGCCCCUCAGCAAACCUUAGCUCCGCCUACUUUGGUGGGAUCUUUUCCAAAAUUGUCAGGAGUCGGAGCCUCUGACCUUUCAUGCACAAAUACCCUCCAAUUUGGCUCAAAUAAUUUCAUUUUCCCUUCAUAGAUGAUGUUUCAAAUAAUUUUUUGCAAACUUCUGUUUGUAUUUACUCUGAUUAUCGUUGAUAUUUCUGAUAACCUGAAACAUUAAAAAACAAAAACAGAAUAAAAGGGGUAAAUACUUUUUCACAGCGCUGUUUCAAAACAUCUUUCUUCUGUUCUUAUUUUGAAUUCUUCCACGCUUUUUACCCGUUUAAAUGAAACCAGAAAUGAAUGAUCAUGCCUUUUCUCUCUUGUUGUUUUCUGUUUUUAAUGUUUUAGCUUUAUUGUUGUGGUAGGAAAGCUAAUUUUAAAAGGUUUCAGAGAAGACCUGCAAAAAUGAAUAACCCAAAAUGUCUGAAGCAUACCUUUAAAAAUCAUGGUCACCUGCACAAAACGAAUGUAACAUUAUGUGACCCAUCCACAUCUGUCAUGGCUUUAGAUUUCUCGGUGGGUGAUUAUUUUAUUAAUUUGUGACUCAUGCAUGGCACAAUAACUAUACAACUGGUUCCCAUCAAAACCCCACUAAAAACCAACAAUGUAAUGUUGCCUAUUAUCAUAAUUAGGAUAUAUAAAUGGUCUUAUUUUUUCAAAAUGAAACAACACUGUGGAAGUUGAUUUGUAUGAUAUGUUUGUCUGUUUCUGUUUCACAUAACCAACAUUUUAUGGAUUACUGAAGAAAAAGAGGGUCAGAAAAGUGAGCAUCAUCGUAGAUAGAGUGCCCUUAAAAUUACCAAAACGUGCUUAAGUAGUGUUUAAAAAUUUUCGGUGUUGCUGAGGUGUGUACAGCCUUCCCAGAUAGCAACAUUAAUGUUGACUACUGCCUUCCAAAUAACCAACGAUACCUCCAAAGCUUUAAAAGGUGACAUUUUAAUUAGUGGAAACUGAAACAAGGCAGCGUGUCCAUCUCUCUGUCGUCCUCCUGUCGAAAAGCGCUCAAACUUCCAGUCCUGCUUCUGGUGUUGCUCAUCCAGACAAACAUUCCUGACAGUGUUACUCGCAGCAGUCAUUCUGCAACGACUUGCAGCUCGUUAAAAACACACCUGCAACACCUGCACUGUAGAAAUACCUGGCUGGAGCUGCAGCUGCUUCCCAAAGGUCAAAGGAGAUGAAGACAGGUGUGCAGGUAGAUACGUUAUGUCACAGAAAAAUGCAUAAUGUAGUUACACAAACAUUCUCAAAACCCCUUUGGAUACAUGUUAUUAUUAUUAUUAUUAUUAUUAUUAUUUAACCCUUUUGUUAAUUUGAUCUAUUCCUUUCGCUGGUUAUUCCUCGGGGGAAUUCAGGGUUGGGUGGUCAUGGUUUGAUGCCUUCAUUGACUGAUUCAAAUUAAAUUUUUUUUAACACCUCCAGUUAUAAUUAUUGUGUACAAAACCUGCUAAAGAGAAAUAACUGCUUACUUGAAGUAACUUAGGUCCUGAUUUGAUAACAGAAUUAUUGUACAUACCAUCUAUUGUUUUUUAUGAAGAACUUGAAUGUGCUAGAAUUAGAUUUGAAAAGCUUUUUAUUUGUUUUUUAAUUUCUUUGGGAAAAUAUUCAGCUUACAUCAGAAAUCAGAGCGGUACCGAAUUUUAUUUUGUUUUCUGGGGACUACUACACUUAAAAAAAUGAAAAAAAAAGUUUCAGAUUCUUUGAUAGAAGUAGAGAUGAUUUGAUUCCAACAGAAAAUGUAAUUUAAUAUAUGGGAUUUUUCUUAUCUAUGCAUAAAACUUGUGUUUGUAAUCUUUAUCAGAUGUUUAUUUUAAUCUAAAAAAGUUAGGAAAAUACCUGCUGUUGUGUCUGUGGACUGAAAGUAAUGAAAGCUCUUAGUUUUGAUCUGUUUAAUAAUUUUAUUUUUUAUUUUUUGUGAAGGAAGAAAUUGGCCGAUUCAGAUAUUCCCUAGUAACUAUGAAUGGUAAAUAAUAAGUUAACAUUCAAAGGACCGAGAAUAGGAGCGCAUCAAACCCUGACCCCCUUUUUUGCGUCUAUUGCUGUAUGGUUUCUCAAUGUUGUGAUAUUUAAUUCUUUGUCAAUGAAGCUAAUGUGUGCUGCAGUAUUUCCUAGUAUACAUCUCUGUUGAUGGUCUUUUCUUUAUUAGUUUUGUUUAUCGGGAAGUGAUGUCUCUUUAUUUCAAUCUGUUAUUGUAGCGUUUUAUGUAUACCCUGUUCCUUAGCCUAAUAUUAUCAAGUAUGUUAUGAGAAUGGAUAUUUUACUGGCUUUAUAGAAUGUUUUAAAAUAAAUAUAAUAUUGACAAUGAGAAAAAGAGGAUUAUUUAAACCUCCUAACACGUUGACUACAUGCUACUAAGCGCUUGUGUUUUUCCAUUAGGAUAUUGUGUGCUUCUCUUAAUCAUUUUCGUUGUAGAAAAAAUGAGUGAAUUUAUAUUAGGCUUUGAAAAACUAAUGACACAAUUGUAAAUUUUACAGGAGGUCUUUUAUUAGACAAACAGCAGCAUCAGAUAGAAGAGAAUAGUCAUUUUAAUUGUCCUCCUUUCUAACUGUAGGAUGAGAAGGGGCUCGCGUUGUGGUGAACUAUGUUCUAGCUUGUUAUUCACUGUUACUUUUGAUCAUUUUUUGGGUCUCAGAGGUGAAUCGAGUUAAUGAGAAUUUGUAAGCUCACAUAUGCAUAUUGUAUAUGUGUAGAAAUGUAAUCACACUUUGUCUUGGAUUUACAUUAAACUGUUAAGUCACGGCAA